AUGCAGCCCACGUCGCUGAGCACUUCAGAUUACAGCAGCUCAACAAUCUCUCCUACAUUUACGAAUCUGGUUCAAAACUCCGGCUUCGAGAAUAAUGGCGGCUCUCUCUCCGCGUGGGAUACUGCCACGUCUACCAAUUCCACGGUAGGCUCGUCAUUCGCUGGCUUCACACAGCCUGGCAGUAACUCUGCCAAUGCCGCACGAAUAUAUGCUGCCGUUCUUCGUGGGGACAGCAACCAAGAGAAAUUUGCGUUGAUCCGCCAGGCACUGCCGGUAGUUGAGUACGUGAUGUAUAACAUCUCGUACGACAUGGCAAUAUCGGCUGUACCGCCGCCCGGAGUUCCAUUCGCCUGCAUCUUCAAAAGCAAAAUCGGUGGACGUUAUCUCGACGCCUUUAGACCAACGGCAACACAUGGCUACCUGCCAUUCAGCACUAUCAUUCCGUUCUAUGCCGACAAUCCGCUCAAUCGACCUUACACCAUUGAGCUGAGCGUCACGUGCAUUAAUGAUGGUCCGUUUGAGGUGGAACUUGAUAAUCUCAGCGUGGUACAAGUGGAAUAG